UUUGGUCGUGGAGACACUCCGUUCGACACUCCGUUCGGAGCCAUGGGCGGAGAGGAUGAGGCAACACAUGCGGCGCAGACACGCCGAAGUGUGGAUCUCGGCGAGUCCGUGGACUAUGAGAAAAUGCUGGCGGAAGCAGCUCAAGUUCCAAGCUUUACACCAUUGCCAGGAAGCAUCUCACAGAGUGAACAUGAGGUGCAAAUGGCGUCCUUGGAGGUUCGACUUCGACAGCAUUGCCUCGACAUCAUUGGGCCUACGGUCCGGAGAACAGCUGCCUUGGAGAAAGAGGUGGUGAAGAUCCAGGAAGACCUUCAGAUCAAGUCCACCCAUAUCUCUGAUUUGUUGCUGACUGCUGGCAAAGUUGAGCAGCAGGUGGCGAACAUCGAGAACUUCCGAUCAGAGUUGGCAAAGUAUGAUUCUGAACGAAAGCAAUGGCAAGCCACGGCGACGGACUCCUUGAGCUGCAUGAAGCAGGACCUUGAUGUCUUCCGGUAUGAGUUGGAACGUAUGGAUGCAUACGUUCAGGGUGCCCAACGCACUGUGGAUCGAGUGGUGGGAGAACUAGGCCGAGUGCAGGACAUUGGCGAUGCGCUCAGAGCAGACACGAACAAGCGCCUGUGCCAGCAGAACAAGAUGCUGAAUGUCUUCAAGACAGACUUGGAGGUGAAGCUGGUGAGUGUGGAAAAUAGAUACAACAAGCUCAGUGAUGACCUGUGGAGUGAAGAGACAGGUCUUGCAAAGGUGAUGCAUGACCUAUCACGCACAAAUGAGGUCGUCACCAGCAUGAGCACCGAGUUCAGCUCUAUGAAGCAUAUCAAGGCAAGCAUCGCCCAGCUGGAAAAGGUUCAGGAGGAGGUCAACAACUUUACUCUGGAGACCAGCAACAAUGUGACCGCCUUGCAGCAGACGGUUGACAGGAUGAUGAGCGACAUGAAAGAGCACUUUCAAACGGCCACCAAUACCGUAGCAGCGCACAAUGCUGCGAUGCUGCAAGAGGUGAGAACAGCGUACCAGGAGGAGCUACAUGAGGCUGCUCAAGUGCGACAGAAGGUUGACGAAUUUAUGCAGUCUGAGCGUGAGUAUCGGCGAGCCUUGGAGGAAAGCAUUUGCGGCAUUGGCCUGUUUGCCUCUGAAGAGCUGCACACAGUUCCGAUGGGUUUCAUCGUGGCAGGUGCUUCACAGGCACAAACAGAAGACUUGGUGAGACAGGUGACAUCAGAGGUGGAAGAGGUUGGGAAGCUGAGAAGACGGGAUCGCAAUAGCCAAGAGGUGGAGAUCAAAGGCGUUGCCAAGCAACUUGCAAUCGUGCAAGAAUCCUCUCAACAUGUGGCUAACAGCUUGGAACACCUCAGCAGGGUGAUGUGGACAAUGGUGCAAUGCGAGAGGGCGGCAUCAGCGCUUGACCUCCAAGACGAUCAAGAUCGGGCCAAAAUUGCGCUGAUGGGCUAUAAGGAGGAAGGACCCGGAGAAGUCGAGCUUCUUCGCCCCAACCAGCUGAGCAGGCGAAAGACCUACAACAGAUCGGACCUCUUAGGUGUCCGAGAAAAGAUGCUCUUGCAGGUGCACGAAUCUCUGGAACAUGGACCGGUCAGCUUUGAUAGAGCAGACAUCUUUGGACAGACAAAUGCAGCACCCAUCUCAUCAGGCCGCUUCUCAGCACUCUGA